AUGGACGAGAACAAGUCACUACCUCUCCAUGUUACAGGAAUACUCAUUUAUCGUAUACAAAGACAAGUUGAAUUUUUAUUUUUAAACGAUACUUUUUCUCAUAAAAGACAUUGGACCGCACCGAAGGGUACAGUAAUUCGUCAAGAAGACGAAGUAAAAUGCGCUCUUCGUAAUACUAUUGAAAUCACUGGUCUUUCCGUAAAAGAUUUAAGAAUAGAAGAAGGUUUUAGAGCUGAAAUAACUUAUCUUUCCGGAACGCGACCCAAAAGAGUUGUCUAUUAUCUUGCACAAGUAUCAGAUCAUGCUCGCGUUUAUACUACUGGUGAAGGUCUUAACAUCGCGUGGCUAUCUAUUAAUAAUGCUAUGGAAAAGGCAUUAUAUAAAAGCAUGCAGGAUGUUAUCAAAAAAGCAUCAAUUUUUAUUGAAAACCAUAAACCUCCUAAAAAUACUGAAUCUUUACAAAGGUCUAGAAUUGAUAAACAUCAAAUCACCGGCGAUAGGUUAGAUCAUAAAAUGAAAAAUUUAAAUUUGGCUUUACCCUUAGAUUCUCAACGUCAAGCAAUGUCUGAACAAAGACUUAAGCUUGUACGUAAACAACAACGUCAAAAUCAGAAUCAAUCCGAAAAGAAUAGUGGAAUUGUAAAUGGAAAUGGAAAUAAUGGUGGUAAUGGACCAAAUAAUGGAUUCGCAUCACCACUUCACUCCCCUGUUAUGCAAUUUGAAAAUCCACUUUAUAAAACAAGAUUAUGUGAGCGUUUUGAAACUGAGGGGUAUUGUCCUUAUGGCCCAAAAUGCACUUUUGCCCAUGGCACCGUUGAAUUAAGAGAAAGACCGGCAAAUGCAGAGGAGAAGAUUGAUACAUCCCCUACCGCAAAAGAUGGUCCAGAUAAUCCUUUAUAUAAAACUCGUUUAUGUGAAAGAUUUAUGAAAGAAAGUUUUUGUCAGUAUGGGCCUAAAUGUAAUUUUGCUCAUGGGGAACAUGAAUUAAGGGAUAGACCUAAUAAUCCCGCCACGAGUAAUCCUCGUGGAGGUGAUAAUGGUAGUGAACGCAAAUCUCCUGAACCUCAUCGUCCUAUUAAUAAUCAACAAUAUUCUUCUCAACAUCAAUCUGAACAACAACAUCAUGGUCGUUAUCAGCAUCCACAUCAUCAAGCACGUCUUAAUGGUAGUAAUAAUAUCGAGCCUGAAAGGAGGACUAUUCCCGUAAGUCCCGGAGGAUUUCGUUCUGAAAUCCAGAAUGGUAUUUUAGGACGUAUUCCGAUUAUUGCAAAUUCUGAUUCACAUUCUACAGUACAUAACAGUGCUCACGUAGAAGAAUCAAAACCCGAAACGCUUGAAGAAGAUAUAAAAGUGGAAAUAUUACCUGAAGAAAUUAGAGAGGAAGUUGAACAUGAGAUCAAAGAAAAACAUAAUGAAUCCAAAGAACAUGAAGAACAUCGUGAGGUAAAGGAUAGUAAGGAUUUAUCCGUUACUCCUUCCACUGUGUCUGGUAAACCCAUAAGCAGCUCUAAACGUCGUUCUGGUAAAGAUAUUAUCAGUGUGGAUGAAAAGCCAUGGAUGCAAGUUGUAGAACUUUCUAAUGUUGAACUAGAACAAUUAGGAAAGAUAUCAUGGGAAAAAUAUUUAAACACACGUAAUGCUAAAUUAUUAUCGAGAGCUGCUUUACUUUUUAAAUAUUUUUAUGAUAAAGAUUAUGUUGAAGAAGAUUCUGUAUUGGAAUGGUAUGAUCAAGCUAAGGAUACUAGUGAUGUAAAGAAAAGAUGUGCUGUAUUUGUUGAGUGGUUAAAAAAUGCCGAAGAAGAAGAUUAA